AAACUGGACAUUAUUUACGUUUAGUGCUUAUCCUUUAUACUCUAUACAAACCCCACGGCGGAUUUUUUGACUUGUUUGUCAUGUGAAAUUGUGUCGCGGUUACAUUCUACCACCUGUAGAUGGCACUAUAGAUGUAACAGUCACGUGGCACAUCCACAGAACUCAUGACUGCUCUGGGGACAAGAAGCAAAGAAAAGAAAAAAACAAGAGAAAUGCGUAGAUGAGCCUUAUGAAGAGAGUGAAACAGGGACGUUUACAAGCAUUCAGCAGGUACUCAGUCACGUGACCAUUUUCCGCCGUGCAAUUGGACAUCAAUCAGUUUAUUACGCAACCUUUCCAGGUCGUGCCUUUUCUUCGUCCUCUACAAAGACCCUGACAGCACGAGUACCAUUUUCUGCUGGUCAAAGUGUUUUUACGUGCAAACAUGUCAGGAAAAGUUGUUCUGUACUACUUCAACGGCAGAGGGAAGAUGGAGUCGAUACGGUGGCUUCUGGCUGUUGCUGGUGUUGAGUUUGAAGAGGUUUUUCUGACCACCGAAGAGCAAUUCAGGAACCUGGUGGAUGAUGGUGCGCUCCUGUUUCAUCAGGUUCCCCUGGUUGAAAUGGAUGGAAUGAAGCUUGUUCAGACUAAGGCCAUCUUGAACUACAUUGCUGCAAAAUACAACAUGUAUGGAAAGGAUAUUAAAGAGCGUCUCAUGAUUGAUAUGUACUCUGAGGGUGCUAGGGACAUCAUGGAUAUGAUCAUGGUUCUACCCUUUACACCUGCUGACCAAAAACAGAAACAACUGGACAAAAUACAGGACAAAGCCAAGGAACGUAGUCUUCCAGCUUAUGAAAAGGCUCUUGCUCAUUCCCAGUUCCUUGUGGGAAGUCAGUUAAGCUGUGCAGAUGUGCAUCUCCUUGAGGCCACUCUCAUGCUAGAGGAGCUGUUCCCUACAAUACUCUUCACUUUCCCCAAGAUCCAGGAAUUUCAGAAGAGGAUGAAAGCAAUCCCAGCCAUCAAUAAGUUCCUGCAGCCCGGCAGUCAGAGGAAGCCUCCACCUGAUGAAGUGUAUAUAAAAACUGUCAUGAGUAUAUUAAGCUUUCUUUUCAAAUAGAAGACAGUAGUUCAGUGAUGGAUCACGAAAGGCUGUUAAUCAUAUAUUCUUUAAACACCCUAUUUUGCCCUUUGGCCACAAGUGAGCAUUGAAUUUUCUGUUCCAUGAAUUGUCCACCAUAUCCAAGCGAUCUAAACUCUGCCUACCUGUUUCUUACUUUUAAGUGCACACUUGUCAGAGAUGUGAUGUAAAUCCUAAUUCUGAUAAUCAUACAAAUGAGUGUAUUGGUCCUUUACACAUUGCCUAUAUAUUAUGCAAGCUUUUAAAGCAAUAAAUGAUUCCAAGUUGAA